AUGGACGACUUGCCUGGGUCCGAGUCCGGGUCCGAAUACCAGGACGACUCCUCGCUGCAGCAAUCUGACAAUGAGUCAACCAGGUCGGACUUGGCUUCUGAUCCCGUGUCGGAGUACGAGGACGAUCCAGCAUCGGAAGUUUCAGACGAAGAAAUGGUGGACGUGUCCGACAAUGGGCCCGAGCCCGAGCUUCCUGGACUGCAAGACCUUGAACCGCCCCAGAGGGAGUCGGAAGUGACAGAGAUCGAGGCCGAGAUACAGCAGAUUGACGCCAGUCUUCGGAGUCCUCAGACACUGGACAAGGACGCAUACGACGAGGACGAUCUCUUCCAUGGCAACUUACACCCCCCGGAGUUCUAUCGUGAGGGCAUCCAAGUCUUGAACGAAGAUGAUUUCGCACGCAAGCAAUACAAGCCAUCCACUAUGUACGCAAUCAAUGCCUGCGAACGUCAGUGGAAACAGUUUUGUGAGACGAUUCUGCAGCAGAAGGACUGGAAGGGUUGUCUGCGGCGCAUCGACUUCGCGGUGCUCCAACACUUCCUCAAGUGGCACCUAAACCAGCGCACCGGCAAGAAUGGGCAAAAGAAAGCCACCAAUCAAGGCCAGAAUGUCAUUGACCGUCUUCUGGCUCUGGCGAGGUUGGGAAGGCGUUUGAAACAUAACCUGCGCGAGAAUCGUCCUAUGACCACUGACGAUCUUCGGCGCCAAAUCGAGACAACCCUGCGUACUACCGAGAAAGCUUUCAAGCUGGGAGAGAUACGCGUCCUUGCGGUUCUCUAUCUUCUCAUGCUAGCUCCGGCGGGCUCACGCCCCGGUGCUAUUCUCGCGCUCAAGUUCAAACACUUGGAGGUCCUUCUCGUCCGCUCUCCUGCUGAUCCAGAUGGUCAGCUCCUGGUUGUAAUCAGAAUGAGCCUGGAACAUACGAAGGAAUACAUGGGACAAAAGGCCACGAACCACUUCGUUUUCACAGAGGACCUGGGUGACUCUAGUUUGUUCCUCAGUCCGCACGUGUUUCUGCUGGCAAUCUUGUUCCGGCACAAGGCUUUCAAAUCUGCCAGCUUGAACGAAAGCCCACACACGCUAGGCUCUUUGCGAGUCGCCGAUGGGGAGAGACGGACCAAGCUUGCUCUGAGGCCGGACUUUGCCGAGAAAUUUGUCUUCAGAAAAGCUGUGCAGACCGCCGCAGGCUUCGAGGUUGGCGAGGAUCCCAUUGCUGGGACGAUGGUGGCCAAAAUCGUCUCGAAGAUCGGACUAUUGGCAGGUUUCCAGAACAGCACUAUUUCUUAUAGUCUUCGUUAUAUAGCUGGCAACAAUCUCGAUCAACACGUUGACGUCAGCAACUCCCUUCGCAACCUUGUCAUGGGUCAUGCUCCGAACUCCAGUGUCUUCCAGGCCCAUUACCUCGGCAGAAAUGUUCCUAUUGAUGUCUUGGCGAUUGCACGAAAUCUGGAACCCCAGAAACAGCUCAUGCAGCAGUUGAGCAGCCAUGGGCAUUCCGUGAGCAAGCGACGGCCAACCAAACUGACCAAAGAACAAGUCGAUUCGCUGAAGGAUGACCCCGACUUUCCUAUGAGAUCCAAGAAGUACCGCGAGAUUGCCAGUAAAUGCAAAUCCUGCCUGGACCGCUUGCGAAGGCUGAAGCUCGCAGAAGUGCGAGAGCAGUGGGACAAUGACCAAGGCGUUGAGGACAUCGAGCGGCAGCUCCAAGGCAAGGGCUCCGCUCCCAAGACAGCCGACCCUGGCUCGACUGUCAACCCUGAACCAGAUCUCCAUGCGAAUCCAGUACAACAAAAGAUGCUGGAAGCAUUGGCAGUGCCACCUGUGAAGGAGCUACAGGCACAGCUGCUCCGCCGGGCCGACGCCAUCGCCGCAAUCGUGGCCUACUGCCAGGAAGAAGACUCUUCUAAUACGAAAGUCCUGGACGCCAGACGACCGCCUCGGCCCUCCGAGCUUAGCCUCCCCUUCGCGCCAAAAGAGAGCAUAACCCUGAUCAAAAACUCGAUGCUCGUGUCUAUGGCUGGUAGCAGCGGCGUGCUCAGGUGCUAUAUUUGUGUUGCUAAGGCAGAGCGUCUGGGGCCGAACCAUGGAAUGUUCGACGUGUUGUGCCGAGUGUUUUCACACAAGUACAAGUUGGCAUAUCAUUUCACCCACACACACCUGAGCUGUCUACAGCCAAAGGACAUCUUUGAGUGUCCCAUCUGCAAGGCAUUCAGUUUUAAAUCUCAAUAA